AUGGCUCGUCAUUUCGCAACUCGGGGCCACAAGAUUUUCAUCCUUGACCUCAACGAAGAUAACAUUCGACACACAGCUGAGGAUCACUUGAAAGAACACUCGGACCGUGUCGGUUGGUCUAAGUGCGAUCUGCGUAGCGUCGAGGACAUCCGCUCCACGGUCCAGAAAGCCGCCAAGUUCCUUGACAAUCGUAUCGACUUUUUGAUCAACAAUGCCGGCAUCUCAUAUCCCUACUGGCCAGAUGGAAAGACCAUGGCCGACGAGUCAGUCCUGGACAAGUGGCAGGCAUAUGUGGAAACCAACCUCACAGGUCCUUUCGUCAUGUCUCAAGCAUGUAUUCCUUUCAUGAAAGUCGAAAGGCAAGAAGACAAGAAAAAACUCCCCGAGUCCCAGGUCGGUAGUGCAGGACCAUGUAUCAUCCAUGUCAGUAGUUUCCGAGCCAUGAUCUCGGAUCCCAAUCAGGAGGGCUAUGCUUCGACCAAAGCGGGAUUACUCGGGCUCACUCAGAGUAUGGCGGUCUCCCUGCAGAAAUUUGGCAUCCGCGUCAACAUGGUAUCACCUGGGCGAAUCAAGGUCACUCAUGAGAAUCCGGAAGCGGAUGAAAAAGGAGAGGACUGGUCUUUGGAAGAAGACGAUGUCAACGUUCACCCUACCAACAGAGCCGGACUGCCCGAGGAUAUUACCGAGGCCUGUGAAUACCUGAUGGGCGCGGGUUUUGUGACGGCCCAGAAUUUGGUUGUCGACGGUGGCGUUAGUAAGGUAAAGGGCAAGGCGUAA